UGAAAACCCUAGAUCAUUCCGCUAAAAAAAAUAAUAAUAAUAAAAAAAACAUUCUGCCGUCCAUCCCCUGCCGUAAUUUUCUCACUCUGACCUCUCUCCCUUUGCGGCGGCACCCCCCAGCGGCCCAGCCCUUCCUCCUCCGCCUCCGGCGCCAGCAGCAGCCCACCUGCCAUCCGUGCGCAUCCCUGCUCCUCCACAGCGGCACAGCCCGCUGUCGACCGUCGCCGGCGUCCAGCAAAGCAGUAGCGUUCAAGCUGAAUUAGGGAAAAUAUGGGGCGGGCAUACAAAAUGAAAGGGCAGAAAAGGAAGAACAAAGAGGAGAAAUACGACAGAGAGGAAGAACCGGAGCAAUUAGUUGAAAAUUUCACGCCGCAGCCGUCGAAGAAAGUGAAGACGGACUGUUCGGGGUUGGAAAAUGAGGAAAAAUUGGAGAAUGUGGUUGAUGAUAUGCCCGGAAUUCCGAUUGCUGUGGACACGGGCAAUAACAAGCAGCGCGUCAUCUUUGUUCUUGAAAAGGCCUCGCUGGAGAUUGCCAAAGUUGGGAAGACUUAUCAGCUUUUGAGUUCGGACGAGCAUGCCAACUUUUUGGUGAAGAAUAAGCGUAACCCCGCUGAUUAUCGGCCCGAUAUAGCUUUUCAGGCAAUCCAAACAAUUUUAGAUAGUCGCGUGAACAAAAGUGGGAGACUGAAAGCUCUAUAUGUAAGGACACAGCAAGGUCUUCUUAUGGAGAUCAAACCCCAUGCGCGUAUGCCAAGAACAUAUAAGAGGUUUUCCGGCCUCAUGGUACAAUUGCUGCAAAAGCUGCACAUUACUGCAACUGGCAAUGGUGAAAAACUUUUACGUCUUGUCAAGAACCCCGUUACCCAGUAUUUACCCACAAAUAGUCGUAAAAUAGGUUUCUCACAUAGUUCAGAAAAAUUGAUCGAUAUGUACAACUAUGUUGGUAAUAUCAAUGAAGAAUUGGAUCUAGUUUUUGUGCUAGGGGCAAUGGCACAUGGGAAAAUUGAUGAAGAUUAUGUUGAAGAUUAUAUCUCAAUCUCCGAAUAUCCACUGAGUGCUGCAUAUGCCAUUUCGAUUAUUACAAAUGCCGUAGAGCGAAAGUUGAAGAUCUUGUAAGUCGCAGCGAAAUCUCCUAUUUUGUAGUUUGGUUUGAUAUGCAAGCAGUGGCUUGAGCAGAUUUUCUGUUUCCAGAGAUCUCAAUUUUCUUAAUUUCUAUGACCAGAUACCAAUAUAUAUUGGGUAAGUCAAGUGUAAUUUUGGCUGCUUAAGAAAGGCACAGAUAAUGUGUUGUAAUUUUCAUUACAACACAUGCACUCCAGUGAUUUUCAUAAGUUGCUAAUUUGUAAUAUUUGUCGUUUGGUUUAGGCACUCCAGUGAUAUUUUUGUUGGACCAGAAAUUCAGGUGUAUUGUUUCUCAAACCGAAUGAAGAACUUCGUUUCUUGUAA